GACAGCCUCUUGCGCUUUGACCGGGCGCUUGUUUCGGCCACCCUCGGUGUGGCGUAGCAUAAAGGGCAUCGCGUUCAACCGUCUCUCAACCAACAGCCUCUUUCUCUGCUACCUCCAUCGACUCCCUAACCACCACCCAGCCUUUACACACACUAUGCCCGCCGUACGAACGAAGGAGUCCCGCGCCGACGCGUCGAAGCAUCGCACUGUUGGCAGUGGCACGAGAACAUCGAAAGGCUCAAAGAGAGCCACUCGCUCGGGCUCGCCAACUCCAGGUGCUCAAAUCCCGAACACGGAUGUCCCGGAGGCCGACCGCCGGGAAACCGGACAACAAUCGAAGGUCGCUCAUGGCAAGAAGCCGUACGCGCCACCUGCUAAGAGGUCAAACCGUCCGACGCCCCUCAAGCUCAGCGACUUGGAGUAUGUCAGCGCAUUGGGCGACGGUAGCUACGGCUUCGUGUCCUUGGUUCGCGUUAUGCGAACCAAAUCAAGGGAUCACCGACUGGAUCGCCCUGGGACGCAAUUCGCGUUGAAAGCUCUCGACAAGUCAACCCAAAGACACACGGAGAUGAACACUUGGGUUAGGCCUUACGAGACGGAUGAGGCCCAUCUGAAUGCUAUCAGGGAGAUGCUGGAGGCUAGAAACACCGAGCGCGAAAGGCUCGCAGAACUUCCGUGGCAUCCGUUCGUGUCCGGACUCGUCGACACCUUCCAGGACGAGCGGCAUUGUUAUCUCCUGACGGAACUCGCACCGUGCGAGUCAUUCGACGCAUUCCUGAAGGACCACGGCCCGUUACGCUGUGAAGACGCGCGGUUCUACUUCGCCAACCUCACACUUGCGCUGGAGUUUCUGCAUACGCACAAAAUUGUGCAUCGCGACCUGAAGCCGCACAACAUCCUUAUGGGCGCGGACGGGUACCUCAAACUAGCCGACUUUGGUGUCGCGGGUCUCAUGUCCAACCAGUUCAACUGGAAACACGUUGGGACGUUCCCGUACACCGCGCCGGAGUUCUUCGACAACGAUCCGAGGAAGCUACCCGAGGGUAUCCGUAUGGCGGGCGACUGGUGGUCGGCGGCGGUCAUCCUAUACCAGAUGGUCACCAAUGCUUGGCCAUUUCCUGGGACCGAGGGAACUGAGGUCUACAACAUGAUCAUGCAGGCGACUCCCGGUGACUUCUGGGAAGUCAAGGGGAUCAAAGGAUUAUACAUCGAUCCCGACCUAAAAGACCUCGUCAGCAGGAUGCUCACGCGGGACAUGGCGAAACGGUACGGCAUGAUCGCCGUGAGGGGUCGCAAGGAGAAGCUGGCUAGGAAUGACGAAGUCCGGAAUCAUCCCUUCAUGCACGGGAAGGUUGACUGGACGGGGAUGCGCCAUAGAUUAACUGUGCCUCCGUAUGUCCCGGACCACCUUCCAGACCUUUCAAAGCGGGUUCAGACGCGGACUGUACCACGGAACCAAAGACUCCCUGGUCUAGGAGGGGAGGUCGCAAUGCCAGUAGAACUGGAAUAUGACCAGUUAAACAAGUCCUGAACGGCCUUGUUCUACUCACGCGUACCUUCUUCUCCGUGUCUUCGUCAGAUGGGCUUGCGCGUCCCGCUAUUCGUCAUCGUCGCCCGCACUCUUCACUCACCACCACUACCAUACGACCCACAGCUUGCCCCCCCCCCAUCCCCUUGUUGUCACCGUUGUAGCCGUAGAUUUUCCUUGGCCCUCUUGUCCUCAUACCCGUCUCGUUCUCAUACCCGUCUCGUCGCAAUGUACCAUUCUGCUUUUGGUGCACCCCUAAUUCUCGUUGAUAUCGUCUGGUUCAACCCCUCACGCAACUUGGUUUCAGAUAGGUGCGCAGAUUUCGCGACGUGUCCGGACGAGCUCAGCCACAAAUGGCCAAGGCCACUCACAAGCCUUCUCGAUCGUCAGGUCGCAUUUAAUUAGUGCCCACG